GUCACCAUGCUAUCCUUUAACCAGAGCGUUUUCCACCCUGCAGUCUUUUUUCUUACUGGCAUCCCUGGUCUUGAAACUUCUCACAUCUGGAUCUCCAUCCCCUUUUGCUGUCUCUAUGCCACCGCCAUUUCUGGGAAUACCAUGAUCCUGUUUGUCAUCAUUACUGAGCGUAGCCUUCAUGAACCUAUGUAUUAUUUCCUCUCCAUGUUGUCCUUCACAGACCUAGGUCUGUGCCUAUCUACAUUGGUGACCAUGUUGGGCAUUUUUUGGUUCAAUGCUCGGGAAAUUAGCUUUGAUGCUUGCCUUGGCCAAAUGUUCUUUAUCCAUGGCUUCACAUUCAUGGAGUCCUCAGUUCUCCUGGUGAUGGCCUUUGAUCGCUUCAUUGCCAUUUGUAAUCCAUUGAGGUAUGCCAUGAUCUUAACCAACUCACGGAUCAUCAAAGUGGGCUUUGCAAUAGUUAUUCGGGGGACAUCAGCUCUAGUGCCUUUACUCUUGCUCCUCAAGCAUCUGUCCUUCUGCCAGAGUCAUGUGCUCCACCAUUCUUAUUGCUUCCACCCUGAUGUGAUGAAGCUUUCAUGCACAGACACAAUGAUCAACAGUGCAUUUGGCUUGGCUAUUGUUAUCUCUACUGCUGGCUUGGAUUCUGUCUUGAUCCUCCUGUCCUAUGUUCUGAUCAUUCACUCUGUGCUGGGCAUUGCAUCCAUGGAGGAGCGCAAAAAGGCAUUUGGUACUUGUAUCUCCCACAUCAGUGCUGUUGCCAUCUUCUACAUCCCUAUGAUCAGCUUAUCACUGGUGCAUAGAUUUGGGAAGCAUGCCCCUCCCUUUGUGCACACCCUCAUCGCCAAUGUUUAUCUGCUCAUCCCUCCUGUAAUGAAUCCCAUCAUCUAUAGUGUGAAGACGAAGCAAAUUCGCAAGGCUGUGCUUAAAUUAUGCUUUUCUAAGCUAGUGUAG